AAACGGCAACAAAAAUCCAGGCAAACAAGAGAAUCUGUUUCGGGGGUCGUCGCCGCGUCGGUGUCGCCGCCCUAUCCCCUUUCCUCCUCCCUCCCUCCGCCGCUAGCUCCGGCGAUCCCCCCUUCCUGAACCCUGCUGCACCUCGCCUCGCGUCGCAGAUUGGAUUGGGUUGGGGUUGGGGCCGAGCCGAUCUGAUCCGAUCGGGCUGGUUCCUGCGCCGUCGUGCGAGCUCCUCCCGGUCGCGUCCGCGGCUCGAUCGGCUGCGGAGCGCUGUGAGAGCUCCGUCGCGGCGUCGCGCGGGCCAAUCCGCGCCUGACAUGGAGGGCAAUAAGGACGAUGCGGCCAAGUGCUUGCGCAUCGGCAAGGACGCGCUCGACGCCGGCGACCGAUCCCGCGCCAUCAAGUUCCUCUCCAAGGCCAAGCGCCUCGACCCCUCCCUCCCCAUCGACCACCUCCUCUCCCCGCUCCUUAGCCCCGAGGACGACGCCUCCUCCACCUCCUCCGCGUCCUUGUCAUCAUCUCCACAACCCCCGCCGCCGUCGCAGCCUGCAGCAGCGGCAGAAGCAACUGAGGCUGAUGGGUUGAGAGAGAGGAAGCAGAAGGGAAAGAAGAGAGAGGAGGAGACCGGCGCGAGGGAGUACACCGCGGAGCAGCUGGAGGUGGUGCGCCAGGUCAAGAAGCACACCAGGGACUACUACCAGAUCCUCGGCCUUGAAAAGGACUGCACCGUCGAGGACGUGCGCAAGGCCUACCGCAAGCUCUCGCUCAAGGUGCACCCUGACAAGAACAAGGCACUGGGCGCCGAGGACGCAUUCAAGGCCGUCUCCAAGGCAUUCCAGUGCCUCAGUGAUGCUGAGAGCCGCAGGCGCUAUGAUCUCGUUGGCUCAGAUGAGCCUGUAACACAUAACAGGAGGGCGGCAUCCACCGCUCGUGCCUACAAUGGGUUCUACGAGGAUGACUUUGACCCAGAUGAGAUAUUCAGGAAUUUCUUCUUUGGUGGGAUGGCACCUGCAACCACCAGGCAGUUUGGGCAAUUUGGGACGUUCCAUUUCAGGACCGGCGGGAUGCACACCCAUGCAGCACAGAAUUCCGGUGGUUCGACGGUCCGGAUGCUUAUUCAGCUCUUGCCUGUCCUGCUGCUGCUGUUGCUCAACUUCCUGCCGUCCUCUGAGCCUGUUUACUCCCUCAACCGCUCUUACCCUUAUGAGCACAAGUUCCAGACCCCACGCGGAGUCACAUACUAUGUCAAAAUGCCUAAUUUUGAGGAGCAGUAUCCACACCAAAGCACUGAGCGUGCGACGCUGGAGCGGCAUGUUGAGAGGGAUUAUUUCUCGAUACUGACACAGAAUUGCAGGGUUGAGCUGCAACGUCGCCAAUGGGGGUUAGCAUACCAGACACCCCACUGUGAUAUGCUUCAGAAAUUUGAGGCGACAGCACAGUAAUUCAUCCAUCGGUGCAAGGUUGGCAAGGAGAUGAGAGCUUUGGCUAUGGUGUAAAGGUCUCCAAUUCUUGCUCCAUUGAUUACCAGCUUCAAAUGACAGGAACAAAUUAGUUUGGACCAGCAGGAAAUUUUACGGAAUAAGUGCCCUUGAUGACUACACACACUGCCUGGUUGCUAUCUUAAGUAGUAUUGAGGACCGUACUACCGUAGCUACUUAAAAAGGAUAUGCAAUUGUUGAGUUCCAUCAUAGGGGUUGGGUUGAUCACGUGCAGACGUGUAGUAUAUGAAGCAUAUCUAUCGUAUUUUAUUUUCUUGUUUUCUUUGAGAAUACCUGACUUAAACGGACAAUGCAACUAUAGCGAAAUUGGUUCUUCA